AUGAGAGAAGGCGACGUUUUGCCCUACGACGACAACAAACACAACCACACCCACCACCGACGCCACUCCUCGAGGAUAUCUUCGUCCGGCGGCCACAACCAUCUCGAGCCCCCGCGCCACGACCCUCCUCCCCCCUCCCACUCCUCCCGGCCGCUGCCGUCCUUGCUCGUGAAGGCGUGCAGGAACAUGCAUCCGCCCUCCUUCAAGCAGCUCCUCACAACAUGCAUCGUCCUCACAGUCUGUCUCUUCCUCUACAGCAGGCGACUAUGGGCCGUCCCAACAUCACAAACCCAUGACGAGUGGGCAAAACCUCCACCCGCCCCAAUACAGCAGGACCAGUCGGACCCGACCAUUCCAACACCCCCCGACGCCGAAAAGGUUGAGCACCAGACUCCUUUCCAGCAGGUCCCAUACCACUGGAACGACUACCAACCUCUCCAAGGUUUCUUCCACGGGGUCCGCACCCUCGUCGACUACAAGCGAUGGGUUCCCGAACAGCUCCAAGAGUCUGCCGACGUAAAGGUCGCAGACAAGAACCCCCUCCAGCCCACCGUAGCGAACCCUUACGCCCAUCUCGACGGCGUCCAGAAAUGCUUCCUCGACAACGAAGGAACCGUACCAGCUCCCGACACCAUUUCCUACCCCGGCAUACCUGCGAACAUGCCCGCCCCCUACUUUGGCGGUUACGAAGAGCUUGGUCUGGCCCCGAACCAAUGCUUUUGA